AUGUGUGAUCGCAGUCUCUACAGAUCUGGCUACGUUGGUUCUCUCUUGAAUUUGCAAUCGCCAGAUUCCUUUUAUUUUCCUAAUUUGCGGGCUAAUGGCAGUCAAUUGGCGGCUCUGCCCACCAUUUCCUACCCCCGGAGCUCGAUCCCCUGGACUUGCUCAAGUUCGUGCGCAGCCCAGCCGCAGAGCCACGCGUUCGGCGGCGCGGCGCAGCCUUACCUCCCCGGCUCCGUUCCAAUCAACAUCAGCUCCAACGGCAACAAGGAGUGCCUGGAAGACAACAAUAAAUAUUACGCCCACGAUACGAGCUCCAAACAAGAGGAGAGAUGCAGGCAGAGGCAAUCUUUUGCAAAUGACCCAACUGUUACUCACACAGCCAACUUAAAGCCCGUAAAGUAUGACCACUCGAGCCUGCAGAGAAGUUUGCAUGGCUCGGCUACUCUUUUUGAAGUGAAUUCCUGCAAUUCAAGCUUAAAGGAGGACAUCAAGAAUCCCGUCAACUUGAACCUGACAGUUCAGCCCGCAGCAGUCCAGUCAUGCCUCAGACCUUCAGUGCAGGAUGGUUUGCCUUGGUGCCCCACCCAGGGGAGAUCAAGAAAGAAACGGAAACCAUACACAAAACAACAAAUUGCUGAAUUGGAAAACGAGUUUCUCCUCAAUGAGUUUAUUAACCGACAGAAGAGGAAAGAACUAUCAAACAGACUGAAUUUAAGCGAUCAGCAAGUUAAAAUUUGGUUUCAGAACCGGAGGAUGAAAAAGAAAAGAGUAGUAAUGCGAGAGCAGGCUCUUUCUAUGUACUAG